AAAAAAAAUAAAAAAUGCAUAUUCAUAUCACAGUUAAUGCGUAGUUGACCUAACAGCAUACUACGUGUUUUCGGACUGUUUCUGGCCUUGGUAAAAUGAAUGAGUCAUUCCUAAACCUGUAGAAUCAUUUGAAUGUUCACGCUUUUAACUGAGCAUGCAAUGCUCACGACGAACUUCUAUGUGCAAGCAUAUGCUUUGAGACAAACCAUCUGAAUUAGUGGCAAGCAGGGUGACAAAAUAACAGACUGACAUUUUGCUGAACAACUAAAAGGGCAUCAUCAUAAUUUCCCCAAUUCUGCCAGGUUAUUCCAACCUCAUAGUGUGGGAAAUGUGUAUGAAACAUAGGAGAUACCAUUUUUGGAGAGGACUGGGCUUUAAGGAAUGGAAUAUUAUUGUAGAAUCCUGCCUCUGAGGUUCACAACAUUGAAUUGAAACAAUAACAUAACUUGGUGUAUUCGUCUUCCCUUGCAGAACAAGACCGGCAUGGUAUUAGCCAGUCCAGGGUGGUUUAGGGUGGGAGGGAUAGUAUUACAUCAAAGAUGGUGUUGAAAGAGAUUCCAACAGAAGGUAUUACCCGGCCCUUAGGGCGAAAUGAAGUCAUUGGUUUACUCUUCAGGCUGACCAUCUUUGGUGCAGUUACCUACUUCACCAUAAAGUGGAUGGUUGAUGCCAUUGAUCCCACAAGAAAACAGAAAAUGGAAGCACAGAAACAGGCAGAGAAACUCAUGAAGCAAAUCGGUGUGCAGAAUGUCAAGCUGUCAGAGUACGAGAUGAGCAUUGCAGCUCAUUUGGUGGACCCAUUGACCAUGCAGAUCACAUGGAGUGAUAUUGCUGGUCUAGAUGAAGUCAUCACUGAGCUGAAAGACACAGUGAUCCUUCCUAUUCAGAAGAGACACUUGUUUGAGGGGUCGAGACUGCUUCAGCCACCAAAAGGGGUGCUGCUGUACGGACCACCUGGCUGUGGGAAGACGCUGAUUGCCAAAGCGACGGCCAAAGAAGCUGGCUUCCGCUUCAUCAACCUGCAGCCUUCCACCCUCACAGACAAGUGGUAUGGAGAGUCCCAGAAACUGGCUGCUGCGGUCUUCUCUCUAGCUCUGAAGCUCCAGCCCUCAAUCAUCUUCAUAGAUGAAAUAGACUCUUUCCUAAGAAGCCGCUCCAGCUCUGACCACGAGGCCACAGCCAUGAUGAAGGCUCAGUUUAUGAGCUUGUGGGAUGGGCUGGAUACUGACUAUAACUGCCAGGUCAUCAUAAUGGGGGCCACUAACCGUCCACAGGAUCUCGACUCUGCCAUUCUGAGGAGAAUGCCCACAAGAUUUCACAUAAAUCAGCCUAAUUUAAGGCAGAGGGAAGAAAUCUUGAAACUCAUACUGGAAAAUGAAAAUGUGGAGACCAGUGUUGACUUUGUUGAAAUAGCAAAGGAGACGGAUGGAUUUUCAGGGAGUGACCUCAGGGAGAUGUGUCGGGAUGCUGCUCUGCUCUGUGUGCGGGAUUUUGUCCAUAACACCCAUGCCAAUGACAGUCAAGACGAAGAUGCCAUCCGGUCCAUUCAGCAGCAGGACAUGCAGAGGGCCAUACAGAAGAUGAGGAAGUCCAAGUCUGCAGGGGGACAGACUGUACUGAUGCAUGCUGCUCUGGAUUGACUCUGGAUGUGCAAAGUAGAACUAUCAAGCCUAUGGCUCUGUUUUCUUUAUCUUCUCUUUAUAAAGACUACGGAUGGAGAGAAAUAAAUGUAAUGUCUAUCAUAGUCUGACUGAUAGACAUGGUCAUCAUUUGUUAUUAUUUAAGGACAUUUGAUUUAGAGGAUUAAAAUGUUUGUGUCAAGGCAAUUUAUUAUGGCUUUUACAUUAUACUUAUUAUAUUGGCAUAUGUUGUUGUACAGUAUGUGUGUCAUCUCAACAAAGGUCUGCAAAAUAUAGGCACAGUUUUAGAUCCUUUCAAGUUGGACUGUACACAUUUUCCUCCUCAUUACACACACAGCAAUACUGACUUUAACCUUUAACCUUCCAUCCAUUUUAUCUGAGAUCAUCAAAUGUUGCUUUGUUUGGAACUUUGUUUUAGGGCUAUUCUGAAUUGUAAAUCUUCAGGAAAGCUUUUUUGACGAGCUGUGUAUCAAACUAGUUGUAGGAGCCAUUUCAUGUAUUGUAUUGCCUAGUUGUUUUGGCAUGUCACUCUUCCAGGGCACUAGGUGUCAGUCACGUUUAUGUCACGAGGUGGGUGUUUUGUGAUAAAUGGCCAGGUGUGGGAGGUUUGACUUGUUCUUGGUUAUGGGAGCUUAUGGUUUCUUACCGAUAUCACCAUGAUACUUUACAGCUACCACUACCGGAUUAUUUUCUCUCUGAAUCAUCACUGAGCAGUACAGUAACAAUAUCAAAGUCAUUUGUUAAAACUUUAUGAAAUGGAACAUCAAACUAAAUCAUGGCUUGAAUUGAUUUAAUACGCGUAAUGGGACAAGCAUCACUAUAACCAAUUAACGAAGUGGCUAAUUGACAUUUAGGCUAGGAUAGUCACUACACUAGUAUAACAUCAUUAAUAAAAUGUGCCACUUUUACUCCAUCCCUUCACUAUUAGAUUAUGCAAUGAGUGGUUUUCAGAAUGUCUGAAUUUUUAAUGAAAUCAUGUUUUGUCAUGCUGAAUAACAGAAAGAACAAUUAACAUUUUAAUCGAAAGUCAAUUGUUGCUGUGGAUGUUGUGAAAUGACCAUGCCAGAUGUAACGAUGCUUGAGUAAAGUUUACAGUGACAUGGCCUUCCAUUUUCUUGGUUCUAGAAUAUCUAAGAUAUGUAACAUUAUGAGCUGCUCAUGUUAUGUAUUCACUUAUUAUUGAAGUGUACUUGUUUUUUAAAAUGUUAAUAGAUCCACAUACCUGUGUUACAGGUAGUGUCUGUUCUUUAUUAUUUUCACAUGACAAACAGCCAGUAUCUCCUACAAGUAAUAGCUUUUAGUACUUUGAAAUUGUGUGGUUACCAAUUCAUAGUUUAUUUCUACCGCCAUUAUUUAGUUUAACGGGUUGGGAUUUGUGGAAAAUGUUUUAUUAUGGAACUUUGGUUUUUAUAAAAUAAGCUUGAUUUGUUUUUUAUUAAAUAGAAUGUGAAAAUGUUAAAUGGUAUUGUUGAUCCUUUCCUAAGUUUAAAUAAUAUAUUUAAAAAUUGUAUUGUCAACUGUUUUGUUUGUGAACAACACACAGCUGAUGCGCCUUUUUCUCUGAAUUCUGGUGUCUGCUAAAAUAAAGAAAACCAAGAAAUA